AUGCUAGCAUAUAUAUUAAAAAAAUUGACAUAAGGUCUACUAAUUAAUUUAAAUUAGUUUAUUUUGCUUGCAACAAUAUCAAAUCAUUUGCUGAUAGUCUACUUAACCUCUNUUCAUCAUUUAAGGAGAAGUAGAUAUAUAAAUUAAUAAAGUCUCAAUUAAAUAAUAAUCAGAAGGAUCUUUGGGUAUUAGGGAGUUCUUUCUUUAAAAACGUAUUCAUUAUGCCACUAGAGCAACUUAAUUUACAGAGAUUGCUUAUAUUCGCUAUGAUGUAUUAAAUUUUUCAUUCUUCUUAGGAUUUCUAUCGCAUCAUACGAGAAAAGUAAUCCAAUCAAGAAUAGUAUUGCUAAAUGAAAGAUGAUUUACUCUAUUCAACGGUCUAAACCUCAUGUGAAAUCUGUUCUCAUUCUCAUAACUUUAAUAGAUGUCCAGUAGUUUUUUAUAGUCCAUCAACGUAUAAAAUUGCAUGCGACUAAAGCGAUUCUAUUCUCUAACCUCGUUAUUAAAAUAAAAGAAAAUAGAAGAAAAAAAGGAAAACUUUUGAAAAUUUGCAGCACAAUAUAACUUCUGCUAUUGAUUAUAUGUGUGAUAAUGAAACGUUGAAUGAAGGAAUGAAUGAAUCCAUUUUGAAAAGAUAUGGAUAUGUCGAUUUUUAAACUAAAUAGUAAACUCUAGAAGAUGAUAAAUUAAAAUCCCUCAGAGUCAUUCAAAAAUUAUAAUUAAAUAGUAUUAAUAAUGGAGAUACUCCAAGAAUGAAACGGUUUGUUUAUAAAAGUUUAAUUAAAAAGGAUGAUAAAUCUCAUCAGAAAUAUUAAGAAUUGUAAUUAGAAAUUCUUCAUCAAGAAUUUAUUCAAUUCAAAAAGGAGGAUUUAAAUCAGUUUGACCAACAUGUCGAAUUUUCUCAUUUUCAUAAGGAUAAAAAUAUUAGUAAGGUUCUCAAUAACUUCUAAAAAUAACAGCAUAGCAAGCCUCGAGAACAAUAUUAUAGUAAAACUAGAUUAGGAAAGACUAAAAUGACUCAUGCAAUCAAUAUAAUUCAAAAUACUCACCCUAAUUUAAUGAAUAAUUCAAACUUUAAAACCAUUUUUAAUAAUAAAUGA